AGAUUCAGUACCUUGUUGGGCUUGUAUAUGUUGAGGCAUUGUGGUCAGCAGUGGGAGGCCUGAGGGGAGGGGUUUCCGCAGACCACAACCAUGACUGAGCACACAUAUCCAGGGUUUUUUCUGAGUGUUUCAACAGCUGUAUUUUCUUAAUGCUUGCUCAUCAUGGCAUACAAACUAAUAGUGUAGUGUUUCCUAUGUGGUAUUGGUGUGCUGGAUAUCCCUUCACUGGUAGCCUGGUAACAUACACUCCCAGGUCUUUCUCUGCCUCUGUGGUGGAUAGUGGAGUGUUUCCCAUGUGGUAUUGGUGUGCUGGAUAUCCCUUCACUGGUAGCCUGGUAACAUACACUCCCAGGUCUUUCUCUGCCUCUGUGGUGGAUAGUGGAGUGUUUCCCAUGUGGUAUUGGUGUGCUGGAUAUCCCUUCACUGGUAGCCUGGUAACAUACACUCCCAGGUCUUUCUCUGCCUCUGUGGUGGAUAGUGGAGUGUUUCCCAUGUGGUAUUGGUGUGCUGGAUAUCCCUUCACUGGUAGCCUGGUAACAUACACUCCCAGGUCUUUCUCUGCCUCUGUGGUGGAUAGUGGAGUGUUUCCCAUGUGGUAUUGGUGUGCUGGAUAUCCCUUCACUGGUAGCCUGGUAACAUACACUCCCAGGACUUUCUCUGCCUCUGUGGUGGAUAGUGGAGUGUUUCCCAUGUGGUAUUGGUGUGCUGGAUAUCCCUUCACUGGUAGCCUGGUAACAUACACUCCCAGGUCUUUCUCUGCCUCUGUGGUGGAUAGUGGAGUGUUUCCCAUGUGGUAUUGGUGUGCUGGAUAUCCCUUCACUGGUAGCCUGGUAACAUAUACUCCCAGGUCUUUCUUUGCCUCUGUGGUGGAUAGUGGAGUGUUUCCCAUGUGGUAUUGGUGUGCUGGAUAUCCCCUCCCAAGGUGCAGGACUUUACAUUUUUCUUCAUUGAAUUGUAGCAGCCACUUUUUGUUCCAUUCCUGUAGCUUGGUGAGGUCUUCUUGUAGGAAAUCCACAGUCCAGGGGUUAAACUCAUUCAAGAGGAGAGUAUCAAAACAUCUCUUCACCCAAAAUUGACCUCUGUUUUGGCCGAGAGAGCCCGGGUUCAAUUCCCGGGCGGAGUGGAAAAAUUUGGGCUGCUUUUC